UUCUUUUUUUUUUCUUUUUUGGUCAGCGGUUUGGUGCGGGGCUUCCCAACUAUGCCUAAAGUAGUGUCCCGGUCUGUAGUCUGCUCCGACACCCGGGAUCGGGAGGAGUAUGACGACGGCGAGAAGCCCCUCCACGUCUACUACUGUUUGUGUGGCCAGAUGGUCUUGGUGCUGGACUGUCAGUUGGAGAAAUUGCCUAUGAGGCCCCGGGAUCGGUCCCGUGUGAUCGAUGCUGCCAAACACGCCCACAAGUUUUGUAACACGGAGGAUGAGGAGACGACGUACCUUCGGAGGCCUGAAGGCAUUGAACGACAGUACCGGAAGAAGUGUGCAAAGUGUGGACUGCCACUCUUCUAUCAGUCCCAACCGAAGAAUGCGCCCGUGACCUUCAUUGUGGACGGAGCAGUAGUCAAGUUUGGCCAGGGUUUUGGCAAAACAAAUAUCUAUACUCAGAAACAAGAGCCUCCUAAGAAGGUGAUGAUGACCAAACGGACGAAGGACAUGGGCAAGUUCAGCUCUGUCACAGUGUCUACUAUUGACGAAGAGGAAGAGGAGAUUGAGGCUAGAGAAGUUGCGGACUCGUACGCACAGAAUGCCAAAGUGAUUGAAAAGCAGCUGGAGCGCAAAGGCAUGAGCAAAAGGCGGCUGCAGGAGCUGGCUGAACUGGAAGCCAAGAAAGCGAAAAUGAAGGGGACCUUGAUUGACAACCAGUUCAAAUGAUCAGGACUUUUCAAUCCAGACUGGCAAUCAUGAGGAAAAAGAACUUUUUCUUGACUGCGUGGAUUGCUACCUACCGUUUUGCCCCAGCCGAAGGCUUUCUGUUGCUUUCCAUUGAUUUCUCCUGCCUUCAGUGAAGUCUUUCAGCCCAUCUGACCUGCUUUUUAGAGAUGGGUUCCCCCCCAAAUCCUUCUCUAUAUAGGUCCUCUGUACUAUUUUGUCCAUUUGAUGUAAGCUUCUUCAGCUGUGUGGAAACUCUAUGAAUACAUCAGUGCUUGAGAGUCUCUAGUUUCUAAAGUAGCUGUUCUUAUUCCGUCUUCAAAGUUCAUAAAAAUCUUUAAAGAUUUUUGAAAAAAAUAUUAUGAUGUAUCAUAGAAAAAAGUGGCAUGAAUGCUAUUUAAAGUUAUAGCAAGUCAGACUCUUUUAAGUGCCUCUCUCUAUUCUUAGACUGGCAGGUAUUGGCUAUGGUUUGAAUCUCUCUGCUGUCAGAAGAAAAUCCAUAAAAAGCCAGAAUCUACAUAGAGCUUCCUUUACUUCCUGUUCAGAGAAACUUGCCUAGUCACAAACUCCAGAAACAGCAUAGCCUUGCUUCCUGUACUUCAAAUCUUAAAGCUCUAGGUGAGUUAUUCCUUUUCAGACUGUACUUAAGGAACAGCCAGAUUAGAGGCAGGGGUGGGGAGUGGGGGGGUAGGGUAUCUCAGCUCCAAACGAAAGGAGGAAAGGUAAGGUAAGCACCUUAAGCUAACAGCUGAGAAGCGUAGGGGAGGGAGGCGUAGAGGAAGAACCGAUGCUGAGGUGAACAGACGGCCCUGGCGGCGAUCUGCUGUUUCACAUUCGCUCUUCGUAGAGGAGCGUCGUAUAUUUAAACAUUUACUGCCCCGCUCUUUCAGCGAUGUCAGUACGCAGCGUUUAUGGACCUGGUUUUAUCGGUUCCCCGGUAUAUCUGUUGGGGCAGAAGGAGCAUUUUAACCUCAUGGUAUCGUCUCCAGUGGGUUGUGUUUACCAGUCACCCAAGACGCCUAUGUGAGGUCCUGUUGGGAAAUAAUAUGGUAUUUUUCUUUGCCUUUUCCCCCAACUUCCUUAUUUGGAAGGAAAAGUAGGUUGGAGUAGGUAGCAAGAACCGGGAGACAGAGAGGCAGGGGUCCUGGGGAGGCCCGGGCGGGGCUGUGUUUCCAUCUUCCCAGUUACCCUCCUGCAUCCAGUGAGGUCUUUCCAGCUGAGCCUUCCUCUCCAGCUCAUUUCCUGUCCUCCUUCCGGGAGGUGCUUAGACCUCGUGUGGCUAGCCGACCAUAACCUCCUCACAGUUCCUUGUCUUCACCUCCAAACAGGGACCUUUCCCUUCCCUCCAUGCUAGCCACAAAGUCCCCUGACCACAGCCUGGUGGUCCUGUCCACCACCUCUGAAAUCCAGGAUUCGAGAGAUCCGGAACUCUGUUCCGGGACCGCAGCCUCCUAAUGCCUACUUGAUCAGUAGUCACAGUCAAACAUAGGAGGAGUAAUACUACUACUACUCCUCGGAGAGUUUCAGGUUCCCGAGCUCCCAUAGCCAGCAAGUGAAAAAGCCAGAAAUCUGACGACAGAACUGGGCUGAACUGCCCCUCCUGUGGGAUUUUUUUAACCUAUAUUGUCGAUAACAGGUAGCAGUUUUGUACCGAGAAACCGAGUAAAGCGUGAUGUAAAGACACAUGGCGGCUCGCCAUAGGAAACGUGUCGUUACCGUUCUACGCAUUUUCUGAACCAGUCGUCCUUGAUACUAGCCCUAAACCACUUUCCCGUCUGGCUCAAACUACACAUUUUGCUUCAUCUUUGAGAUCUGCCAGUCAUUAGGUUAUUAGCACCAAGUAAUCAUGUGCUUUUUAGUGUUCUCUUCUCCUGUUCUGAAAUGUUUGUUUUAAAAAUAGGACAUAGUUUUUCUGUUAUCUCUAUUGUAGAAUUUGAGCAGCAAAUACAGGGUUUCAUUGUUCGUAUAAGGAGCCAUAUGGAAAUUUUGGAGAGUUUUACUGUGUGUGUGUGUUUGCAGAUUGUCAACUGUCAGAAAAUAGUAAAAUGUUUUAAAAAGUUUAUCUUAAGAGUUGUAAUAAUUGGUGA